CUUGCUGGUCAAUUCACGCUAUGGGUUGCGUCACCGGAGGCUAAAUUUCUCAAGGGCAAGUUUGUCUGGGUCAACUGGGAUGUUGAUGAGCUUAAAGCUCGAGCUGAUGAGAUUGAAAAUUCUUGGCUCCUUGGAAUUCUGCUAAACGGGGUUGCCAUGUAA